UUUGUCCCCUUAUCCCCCUACAGGUGACCGCGGCGAAACUAGGCCGCGAGCCAAAUGUGGAGCGGGAGAACCCGAGCGUUGCUCCGGGUGUGGGGGUUGUGGCCGACUGGGGUCCUCGGAAGGAGACCAAUAAGCUGUAAUGCUGCGUCACUAGCGGGAAGCAACUGCCCCCAGUGUUGGAACUGCGGCGGCCCAAGGGGCCCCAUUGGUGGGGACGGGUUCUUCUGCCCGCAGUGCCGUGCGCUGCAGCCGCCUGACUCCACUCGGGACCACUUCAGCCUUAUGGACUGCAACCGUUCCUUCAGAGUUGACACUGUGAAGCUCCAGCAUAGGUACCAGCAAUUACAGCGUCUUGUGCACCCGGAUUUCUUCAGCCAGAGGUCUCAGAUUGAAAAGGAUUUCUCAGAGAAGCAUUCAACCCUGGUGAAUGACGCCUAUAAGACCCUUCUGGCCCCCCUGACCAGGGGAGUAUACCUUCUAAAGCUCCAUGGUGUAGAGAUUCCUCAAGGAACAGAUUGUGAAAUGGACAGGGAAUUUCUCAUGGAAAUAAUGGAUAUUAAUGAAAAACUUGCAGAAGCUCAAAAUGAAGCUGCCAUGAAAGAGAUUGAAUCUAUUGUCAGAGCUAAACAGAAAGAAUUGACUGACAGCGUAAGCAGAGCUUUUGAACAAGAUGAUUUUGAAAAAGCCAAGGAAAUGUUAACAAAGAUGAGAUACUUUUCAAAUGUAGAAGAGAAGAUCAAGUUAAAGAUGAUUCCCCUCUAAUUGUUAAUGUUUUAAAAAUAAAGUUCUUAUAUAUUUC